GUCGGUGGUGAUUGUUGUCGACAAUGGAAGUGCAGCAGGCGACGAGUGAGACGAUUUCCCUCGGUCGGAACCUUGGAACCUUGGUACCUUGGAAAUAUGCCCAGGUGGUGGUGAGUUGGAUCCGUCAGAGGGCAACCAUCCGUCCAUCCAAGAGCAGUCCAAGCCGGAGAGAUGUUGUCAGCAUCAGCAAAGGUACAACAGACAGCUGGAGGUAGGAGGUCCGCCGAAAACCAAAUGAGGGAUUUCCCUCAAUAUGCACCGAGCCCCGCUUCGUACCGUUGGGACGAGUUGGUAGACCGGCCAACACACACUUGUUCAAUAAUAAAAUACAAACAACAUUGGAAUCUUUUUCAUGCACCUGGGCAUAUAAUGUACACCUGGGAGGGAGGGAGGGAGGAAGGAGGAAUACUUCUCUACUACCUACUCAACCCAACGGCUGCAAGUGUGUCUGUUGAUGUGAAGCAUUCCCACGAUGAUGUGAUGAUGAAGGACAUCAGUCAUCAUCAUCAUCAUCAUCAUCAUUCAGCUGGAAGGAUGUCAGGGAAACACCGCCCAGCGCUGACCAUGUCAUUCAUCUUCAGCGCCCAUGGACACACGCUGGGCGACUAUUAUAGUAACCGUAGGGUGAAGAGGACAGGGAUGCCCGCCGGCGAUGAUAUGAGUGGACGUCAGCGGACUUGCGCGCGCCCGCGCCUGAGCGGCCAACCAUAGGUGUGAAUAGCCCUGGAGUUAACAGCUGGGGGAGCAGCUGGGCAGGAAUGGAAACCACCCGGGCAGGAAUCUUCAGCUUCUACGUUUUUAUCUCUCGAGCGCGCGACGGUUUUCAGGGGACUCGUGUACACAUACACACAAUGCACAUACACUCACACACACACACACACACACACACACAC